UUUGUUGACACCUCAGUUGUUGUCCUUAAGACAGCACUUUGCUUACAGCAGCACAAACAAGAUGUGUGACACCAGCUGUGACCUGGAGGGUGGCUGUUAUUACUGAGCACUGAAGCCCAUACUUCUCCAUGUGCAGCUCUGUGCUCUGAUCCAUGGGACAUAAUGUUAGUGUGCUGUCUGCAUAUAGGAAUUAUAUGCACACACACACGUUCCAAUCAGAUGCACGUGUGUAAAUAAACACAGCUGUCACUAUGGCAUGAAAUGUGCAACUGAUGUGAAUGAGUGUUGUGAGUGAUCCUGAGUUUGACUCUCCGCGCUGGUUGUCGCAGCGCUUAAUAAACAAUGACUCAGACUGGUAGCCUUAGGGUGCAAGUUUUACCUAGCAGGAGCCCGCAUCGUGAGGAGCCUUUAAGUUUGGGAGCUCCUGGAGUGAAACACUUCCUGAAAUCACGGACGGGGCGGGAUCUCCAUCCUGAUUUUCGCCUCCUCCAGUUUCUCCCUCCUCCGGGAUAGUGAUACGUGGCCGUUUGGGAAAGCCGUGGUGACCGCUAGGCAGCAAGCAGAGCGGUGCAUGGAAGUCCUACUGUCCAUGACCAGAGUCUGCAGCUGGGAGCCUGACGAAACUCAGCGGCGCAAGCCUGCCUUCACCUAACCUAGCUGGCCUGGAUGGCAGGGACACACUGGUGCGAGGGCUGCCGAAAACACAAGACCAAAUAGUUAAUUGUUAAAUCAGGAGAGAAAGAUGGCAUUGUCCUUCUUGGCUGCGAGUGCUUUUUGGACCGUGGGACGGAUGAACGGAGGAGGCUGUGGGAGGCCCGGCUGGGCUUUAGCUGCACUGUUCAUCAGUGUUACCCUGCUGGUAGUGACCUUCAGGGGUGCAUCAAGCAGCCAAAAGAUGACACAAACAGCUGUGGCUCAUGCUACAGCCACCGCUGCAAGACCAGGCCCCAGCCUGACAGAUGACCUCCUGAGCUUCCAGGCAGCAGUCGACUUCUUCUCCAGCGAACAUGCUCAUGUCUGGCUAUUCUCACUCGUGGGAUCUGUGGCAGUAGGCCUCAGUGGCAUUUUCCCCCUCCUCGUCAUUCCCAUCGAAGCUGGAGCUGCUCUCAAAACAGAAGCUGGAUGCCAGAGGCUGAAGCAGCUUUUGAGCUUUGCAAUUGGUGGACUCCUAGGUGAUGUUUUCCUUCACCUCCUUCCUGAGGCAUGGGCCCUCUGUGGUUCUUCAGCUGGUAAGCAAAACCACUACGUGACCCAGGGCCUGUGGGUAAUUACUGGCCUGUUGUCCUUCUUGCUUCUGGAGAAGAUGUUCCCAGACCAGGACAGUCAUGAGGAUCCUGUGCCAGCUCCAGGCCUGUGUUUUAACUCCACUACAAUGUCUAGUGCAGUUUUCAGUGGAAAGGCAGUGGAAUCACUCAAGAAUGGGCACCAUGCUGAGUCCUGGAAAUCCUCCAAGCCACAAAUCAGCCUGCAGGAAGGAUCAGAGAAAAUCAAGACGAGUGGAUACCUAAACCUACUUGCCAACUGCAUCGACAAUUUCACUCAUGGAUUGGCUGUAGCAGGAAGUUUCCUGGUUAGCAAAAAGGUUGGGUUCCUCACCACCUUUGCCAUCCUGCUCCACGAGAUCCCUCAUGAGGUGGGAGACUUUGCCAUUCUACUGCGGGCUGGGUUUGACCGCUGGAGCGCUGCAUGUAUGCAGCUGUCCACAGCGCUUGUCGGGGUCCUGGGAGCUUGCUUUGCCCUGUGCACUCAGUCACCAAAAGGCACAGAAAAUGCAACUGCGUGGAUAUUACCCUUCACCUCUGGAGGCUUUCUGUACAUAGCCUUGGUGAACGUGGUGCCUGACCUGCUCGAGGAGUCCAGUUUUAGGCACUCCCUGCUGCAGAUCCUGCUCAUCUGUUGCGGUGUAGCUGUCAUGGCUCUCCUGUCUGCCAUUGUGGGCUGACCAUUGAGGAAACGGCCUCCCACCCUGCAGAACAAAACACACUAUCACUUAGCACCGGAGAGACAUGCUGUUCUCUGCCAACCCUUUUCUUCUUGUACCUCGAGAUCAUGGAAACCCAAGCUCCGUCAUGAUAAGAAAUGACACCUCUCUGACACUACCGUCAGCACCAUCACGACAGCAUCAUCAAAAGCAAAAAGAUCAGACAACAAGAGCAGCACUUUAGGAGAUGGCUGAAAGGAAGAUGUGCUUGGUCUGCUGAUAACAAAUGAGUGUGGACACUUAAAAAUGUGCCAAACUUAAGCAAGGGAAUUAAGAGUGCUUAUAUUUGUUACCAAAUUGUCGAACAUUGUUGACCAGACAAUCGUGUUGUUUUGCACAAACAGAGGUACAUGUGCUGUACCUGCUCAACAAAACAGGUAUCAUUAGACCUCCAUACACUCCUUUAAAAUGUACUGAGCUUCUUGUUUUAGAUUCUGUUUAAACAUAUUAUGUUGUUUCUGUUGUGCAUCUUUUGGUUUUGUUUUGCUGCAGUAUAUUUAUUGAAAAAGAAUUAGACAAGCAGCAUAACCUUAUUAGUUAUGGUUUGCAUCACUCCACUACUUUACCUUGUGGCAAAACAAGUGCCAAGAAAUUUGGAUAGUCUGUUACACAAGUGUCUGCUGCACACCAAAGCACAUUUUCCUGUUUGUAUUUUCCACUUACAGUACGAUUUAAAUAACAGUUAUGCCAUUUCUGCACAACUCAGUGCUCAUUAGAAUAAGCUCUGCUUAAAUCAACAAAUGGAUAAAUUGAAAAAAAAAAAAAAAAAAAUCUAAUAAUAUCACAUACUUUGCUACCAGCAAUUGUAAUGUAAAUCUAGUGCUAAAUUUUUAAUAUAUAAAGUGCAAUGUUUGGUUUGGAUUAUAUUUAAGGCAUCCUGCUUUAUGUAUCUCCUGACAUAUCUUCAUUAAUACUAUCUGUAAGCAGCCCCGGUGUAACUGUGAUAUUCUCAAGUUGUAUUGAGAUCAGGGAAUGACUUCCAGCUUAGUUUGUAUUUUGACUUCAUCUUGUCUUCAAAACCUAUCGUAGUUUACUAUAUGCAGUAGACUUGUAAGCAGUUCUGUGUAUGAUGAUCUGUCUGUAGAAUGAUGAUGAUGAAAAUAAUAACAACCACUCUUCUUUAGAAAGGAAAACCAUUCAGUAUGAUGUAUAAUUAUGGAUGGUGGUCCGCUUGGUAUAAGGUGAACAAAAUAAACCCUACAUUUCAAGUAUGAAGAAAAAAGGAAUAA